CGAAUUAACGGGAGGGCAAAAAAGUUUGAAUAUCAGACAGUCUGUGCGCUUGUUCAAAACAUAUCUCAGAAUAAACCAUGCCGUCCCAACUGAAGACGAAUAUUCGUACGGUAUUUGGCAUCUUAGAGAUGGUUUUAUUUUCCGGCGUCAUAUUUGGCUGGGCGAAUUUGGUGCUGGUCCUAAAAGACGAAAAGUUAUUUCGAGAUUUAUGCGAGGAGAGAGAUAGCAAUGCUUCGACGUCAAUAACACGCGAAAAAACAGACGAUAAAUCCGAUGUCUGCGGCGCGCAGGACGAGCGGUUGGCGCUGAUAUUCACGUUAGGUGUAUUCGCUUUUAAUGUCGCCGGGUUCAUCGGCGGAGCAAUGUUGGACAAACUGGGCACCCGGGUUGUGAGAUUGAUAGCGUGUUUUUUCUUCUUUUUAACUGGACUAUUUGGUUUUCUGUUGAAAAAAGAAACGGCUAAUCUUAUGUUCCCUCUGAUCAUUUCCCUUGGCUUUGCUGGAAUGUUUGUCGCCAUGCCAAUAUUUCAGAUAGCAAUUCUACAUCGGAAGCACCAGUCAAUCGUCUCCAGUUCUCUGAGCGGUGCAUUGGAUGCUUCCUCGGUUGUCUUCCUGAUUUUUAAGACAAUUUAUGAUUCUGGGGUGGCCUUACGUUGGGUCCUAAUGGGUUAUGCGAUCAUCGCAAUAGUCUGGAUAUCAACUACCACGCUCGUCCUGCUCCCGAAGACCACCAUUUCGGCCGAACUGGAGGAAUUUUCCCAGGAAACCGCAGUGAAACCUGGGCUGUCGAAAGGGCUCAAUGCGAAACCCGGAGUGGAAUUAGGUGUCAGCAAUCAAGCGAUGACGUCAGACCCUGAAGUCAAUCAGGAGAUGGUAAUCCAAUCGGUCGCGAGCGUUAGAGAAUUCGACGAUAUAAACAAACAAUCAGCUAUAGAAAACGGUAAACCUGUGGAAAAUACUUCAACGCCUGCGGCGUCAACAACGCCCGAGGAAGACAAGUACGCUUCAGGCUGGCGUUAUAUUCUGACACCAAGAUAUCUCUGGUUCAUGUUUUUCUUCAGUCUUAUUCAAUUGCGUCUGUGGUUCUUCGUUGGUAAUUUAAACGGUUAUCUUAUUUAUUACACAAACGAUGACAAAGACACAAUUGAAAGAUAUUCUGAAAGUUUUGGUCUAACUCAGUUUUUUGGCUUCUUAAUCGCUCCUCUUACUGGCAUCGUGAUGAACCUGAAGCCGAGAGACGUCAACAACAUAUAUUAUGGCCCGUUGAUAAGCUUUGGUAUAACACUACUACUUUGUAUCACCCUGGGAGCGCUGGUACUGAUACCAGUUCUUGAAAUCCAGUAUUUCGCUUUUGUUGUGCAAGUUUCGAUGAGAGCUUUUCUAUAUGCUGCGUUAAUAUCAUUUACACUACGAGCUUUUCCUGUAGAACACUAUGGUAAACUUUAUGGAUUUAUUACAUUAGUUGGAGCAGUAAUAAGUUUACUUCAGUAUCCAGCAAUAGUGCUGAUUGAUGGACCGAGCAACGGAAAUCCUUAUUGGGUUAACUUUGGCUUUCUCGUCGCAACAUUCACGGCAACCGGUUUUCCGUUGUAUCUCUGGUUGUCUAACAGAAAUGUGGAGGAAACAACGACGUUUUAAGGAAGCUAUGAAAACAAAGAAUCGUCUUUGACUGUGUUGUCAAGGAAAAAUCAUAUCUUAUAUUGGAGUUUUGUAGGUGCAGUGGUGGAUUUCACGCGAGAACAGUGGAAUGGAAAAAACAACAGAAACGUUAUAGCAACAGACUCAAUUCCAGCAUAUAGUGUCAUGUUGAGCUGUAUACAUGUUUCUGGACGAUUGGAUGAUAACAUUGGUUUAUAUCAUGUGUGGUAUCACUAUUAAAACAAUUUGCGAAAGUUUUAAACUUCAACAACAAUACCAUCUUGGAAUUAAUUGUAUUAAUAA